GAGAAAAAUAUAAGAUUUUGUUAUCUACAUCAAAGAAAAAUUAAAAACUAAAUAAUUGUGAACAUUAUUUAAUAAUUUUGUUCUUAAAAAAUUAAGUCGGAAAAAUGCAAAAUUUUGAUCCUCGUAAACAAAAACGUUUAGGUCCAGCUCCAAUAGCUUCUUUUGAAAAAUCAUUCGAGGAUAAUCAAACACAUCAAGAUCCUGAAAUUGAAAAUAUUAGUUCGAGUGCUUAUGAAACACAAACAAGUUUAAAUACUGAUAAACAAAAAGGUAUAAAUCCUGAAACGAGUAAUUUUGGCAAAUCAUCUUCAAAUAUUCAACCGCACGAACAAAAAGAUUUAAGUACUGCAAAUCCAUCACCCACAAUUCACGCAAUGGAAACUGCUUCUAGUGCAAUAAAUAGAAAUAUAACAAAGUCUUCGGAGAUAAAUAAUAGUUCGAAUAAAACUAUAUCACCAAUAAAAGUAUCCAAAAAGCCACCAUUAUUACAUAGUAAGGAUUCAAUUCAUGAUCAUCCUCUAAGAGCUCCAUUACAAAGUUUAGCACCAUUAACACCACGGAUAGAUAUUAGUCGAGCAUCUAGUUCAUCACAACAUGAAGAUAGUAGAGAGAGCAGUCCCGAAAAUGUUUUUGAACAGGUUGGUACCGGAACACUACAGGAAGCGGUUAGUCUUGGUUUCCGUGAAGAUGGUGCUUUAGAUUUGAGAACAUCAACUGAAGAAUUAUAUUUUAUGGAUCCAGAACAAAAGCGUGAAGAACAAGAGAAAAUGCAACAGCAACAACAACAAGCAAGAAAAUCUCCAAUCAUAUUCAAAUAUGAUGAUCAGCAACUAUAUUUACAACAACAUCAAAGAAAAGAUUCGGCAAGUUCUGAAGUUGCAGCACUUUUAUGUAUAUCAGGGAGAACAAGUCGGGUAUCAAGCGUAGGUAGCCAGGGUAGUGCAGUUAGUCGUUUAUCAGCAAUAUCUGCAGUUUCUGGUGUGUCAAGAUCACCGUCACCUCAUCGUAUGUUAAUGGAAACAUCAUUUUGCGGACCAAAACCUCUUGAAAAUGUGGUUGAAAGUGCUGCAAAUUCAGUAGGUCAAACUGCAGAAAUUUUAGAAAAUGUUCUACUUUCGAGAACAAAAGACUUAACGCAAGUUGUACUUGCCGAAGGUAUAAAAAUUGAAAGCUCUCCUAAAAAAAAAACUCUGCCAAAUCAAGAAAAUUUGAAAAAGAAAAUACCAGCUUUCGAUGAAAUUUCAAAGAUUGAAGAAGAUAAAUUAAAUGCAAAGAGUACUUCAAAUCGCAAACUUUUGCAACGAAAAGGUGGAACUAAUGAAAGAAGAGAUUCAACUAAAAAAAUUGUUGGUGUAACACCUACUGGUACUGAAUAUAUAAGAAUAAAUUUAAAACCAGAUCAUCUAUAUGCGGACCAAGGAAUUGCACCUCAUGAGAAAAUGAUCGAAAUUGCGGGCAAUGAAACCGCUUCUGCAGACAAGCCGUCAACUUUAAAAUUAACGACAGACACUGAAAAAUCCCGAAAUUAUUCUAGUCCUAGACAAUCAAGGCAUACUAUUUUACCAAAUGAAGUUAAAUUAGGUAGUGAUAGUCGAUCUCCAUCUCCAGCUAUUCCUGGUGUUUCAAGAAAGAGUUCAUUUUGUUCUUUAUUUAAAACCAAAGAUUCACCAGAUUCGCCACGCGAUAGAUCUCGUAGUAAAAGUCAUGAACGAAGUUCAUCUCAUUCACAAACUGGAACACCAAAUAAGCAAAAAUCCGUUUUGGCUAUUUUUAAACCUAGAAGAAGUGGUAGCAAAUCAAAGAGUUCCUCUCCUAUUGAACAUGAAACAAUGUCAACUUUAGAUGGAAUUUCACAGGUUGAAUUUAAAUUUAAUAGUGAGAUUCAAUCAGCGAAUAAUCAAGAAAUAUCAAGACCAACAAGUAGAUUAAGAUAUUAUGACACCCCACCUGACGGCACAGGAAUUCGCAUUCCUUUGCAUACACCUCCCGAAGAAAAAGAAACGCGGAAAAAUCUUCCUGGGAUAACGCAAGAAGCAAUUAUUAAACAAAAGGAACAACUUAGGCCAAUGUCUGCCCCUACGACAAAAAUAACUUCAGAUAAUGUUGAUAAUUCUUCCUCCAAUGUUAGAAAUAUACCAACAGGUGAUUCUGUCGAAUCAGUCGAUAUAAUUUCUAAGAAAGUGAUAGCUGUUGUUGAGCAUAACAAGCCAUCUACAGUUACUGAAGCAAAACCAUUAAAAAAUAAACAAGUUGAAAGCGCAAAAAAAAUAGAAAAUCUAGAUGCAAUACAUACUUUGCCAGACGAUGUUAAUCAAUCAGAAAGAACAUGGAGCCUAGAAGUUCAUCAUCACAGCUCUCAGGAAAGUCAAGACACAGUAUUAUCGGAAAAUUCAGCAAACAAUAGUCGUAGGAUAUCUAAACCUAGCUUGGAUAACGUUAUUGAAAGCCCUGUAGUAGAAAAUGGAAUCACUCCCAAAAACAUCAAUGAACAAUCUUUUCCAAAACCCAUCACUACAACGGUUACAGUACAACAAUCCCAACAACAAAAGCACAUUUUUCAUGAAUCUAAACCACAACCGUUGAAUAAUGCGCCAGCAAUGCAGUCUAAUGGAGAUGCAAUUUCUAAAGAAAAAAAAAGAAUCCUUUUUGCCACUCGUCUAGGAUCUGGUAGCCAGGAGCAAAUAUUUAGUACACAAUUCAGUUUGUCAAAAACAGAAAGCUUAUCUAGUCAACUCUCCGAACAAAAUUCAAUACCAGAAAGUCCAGCCGAAACGAAAGAUUCUUUGCACAGAACUGACACGGUACUUAGAAGACCUGAUGACGGGAAGAAAAAAGAUAGUGUAGAAGAUUUAAAAAAAGAUGCACUUUAUAAAAAUUCUAUUGUUAAAAACGACAGCUCGACGGAAGAACAUGGGAACUCCUUAAGACACUCGGACAGUAUUGAAAAACGACCAUCUGUUAUUCUAAGAAGAAAAGAUUCAUCUAGCGAAUUCCGCAAAAGAACUGAGGAGGAUGACUAUAGACAUUCAAAAUAUUUUCAAAACCUAGAUAUAACCAAAUCCAUACAAUCUGAAAGCAAACCUAAUAAAGUUAACCGAAGUGAUUCUGAAAGCGCGUCUGUGGCACACAUCGAUGGUAAUGACGAAAUUAUAAUAGCAGAUACUAAAAAACCGCCUUCACCUGCAUCUGAUAUAUUAUGUCCACAGCCAAAUGUGUCAGAUCGUUUAUCAGUUACGUCAACGGAUGAACCAGUAGACACAUCUGAAAGCGAAAAGGAUGCUGAAGCUGACCCAAAUCGCUUAAAAAAGCAUUUAUCCAGACACAUUGGAAUUAUUGAUGAUCAUGAAAGUACUGGUUUAGUUUCACAAUUAUCUUUCGAAGAUGAAUUACCGUAUGUUCCAACCACAUUACCUGAGGAACGACCCCAAGGUAUUUCUAUAAUACCUGUAAAGGAACGAGCCAAUAUGGAAGUAAAAACAUUUUCAUUAGAUCGGCCCCGUUCAACAACGCCAAUGAACCCAGCACAUUUAGAAGAAUUUCUUGAAAUUGUUACCCCAGAUUCUGAUGGAACCCAUGUCCCAGUUCGGGGGGAAAAACUCCGUAUAAGCUUGCCGCGAAAAGACUCGAGUGCACAAAAUAGACAAAAAAAAACCACUAAAUCACCACGAAGAAUUUCAAAUGCUAGUAAUAAAAGUUGGUUUGAAUUCGCUGAACAAGGUAUUAGGGGGAGUAUUACUACUACUACGUCUUCUACCAUCUCUGGUGUUAUUACAACACCUAAAGAUAUAACACAAGAUCAUUCAUCUAUAGAAAGAAAAAAUGCUUAUGAUAACGUAAGAUCACAUAAAGACGAUAAAAUUGCGUCUUCACCUCCGCCACCCCUACCUCCCAGAAAACCAUCAGCUACUUCGAUUACAUCAGGGCAAUGGAUAAACUUUGAAAAUAUACCUGAAAAAAGGAAACCGCCUAAACGGAUUACUGCUUUACCGAAAGAAACAGUAGAUAAUAUUAAUAAAGCAGGUAAUGUUCAAUAUAACUAUGUUAAACCCGAAGAAUGCCAAUGUGAGUGCCAUGAUAGUGAAAGAGAUCCAUCUCAUCAUCAAGGUAGUGAAAUAACAAUGCCGAAGGGUAACAAUUCUAUUUCAAAUGUUGAUUUACUAAAACACAGUAGUGGAGAAGACUUACAACCACUUUUAGAUACAGAUGGUCGUGAUGGUAUUUAUAGAAGUGAUUCCUCACAAGACGAUUAUGGAAUUGAUGAAAAUCAAAAGCGAAAAAAUGGUAAAGAAUCAGCAAAUAGUAGAUCAAGUGAAUAUUCAGAUGAAAACGAAUCUGGCGAACGACGUAUCGGCUCAAAUCGGCCAAGUAAACAUUCUUCUUAAACUUUAUCGAUUUAUGUGUACAUACUUAUACACAAUAUAUAAUUAUUAAAAUAAAAAAAAAAACUUGUUAUUAAAAUAUUAAAAUGGUAAACUAAUAGCAUUAAUAUUAUGUUGUUAACUGUUGGAAAAUGCUUUAGCUUCUCAUGAAGCACAAUUUAAUCGAUAAUUGAAAAUAAGAAUUUUUUUAAUUUGUAGAAAUAUUUUUCUUACCUCUUUAUUCUUCUAAAGAAAAAAAUUAUUUGAAGUUAUUAAUUUUCAAAGUAGUUUUUAUAUAUAAAACAUACGUAUAUAUUAUAUUUUAAUUUUAUGUAGCUUUAAAAACAAAAAAAAACUUCGAAAAUUCACAAUGGUACGUUGCAAUUUUCUUCGAGAAUAAUUUGAAAAUUAUUUUAAUUACAAUAAUUGCUUAUUAGUUCACAAUAAACUUAGCUCUUCCAUAAUUCAAUAACAUUCAUAAGGUACGUGAGUUUAUAAGUGAGAAAUAGAGAAGUGUGCUUUGUUCGCAAAAUGAACACUAAAUUUUUUUUUCAUAGUUUGUUAAAUUUAUUUUGUUUCCUUUCACUUCUUCUUUUAAAUUAAAUGAUUAAUUUAUUAAAAGUUUAAUUUGUAUAAAUAAAUAUAAGUUUUUUGUAAAAACAUGAAAACAUAGAUACUCGAAAAUGAUCUAAUUCGGAAGGAAAUAUUUAAUUUUUAAAUAAUUUUAAAAUUUUUUUUUGCAUUGUUAAAAACUGUUAUAUUAAGUCUAUUACAAUAGUUUAACAAAAUAUUAAACUGUUACGGUUACUUUUAUUGUUAUUAUUUUAUUAAUUAAUAUUAAUUUCAGGUUUUAA